GUCUCUUCUUACUUUUCUUUCCUAGUUCUCAUCCAUGAAAACAGUGAAGUUAUUGUAAAAUUAUCAAAUCUAACAUUUUGCCAUCAGAAACUUAUCUCUACCUCUCUCAGUUCCAACAUCAAACUAGGAAGCCAUUUGUCAAAACCAUAACUCCAUAAGCAAUUAGCAAUGUCUGAUGAAGUUGUUCAUGUUGCCAUGUUUCCAAGUGCUGGAAUGGGUCAUCUCACACCAUUCCUAAGACUAGCAUCAUUGUUUCUUAACAACAAUUGCAAAGUCACUCUCAUCACUCCUCUUCCCACUGUCUCUCUUGCAGAAUCCCAGCUUCUUGAUCACUUUCACUCUUCUUUCCCUCAAGUCAACUUCAUCCCAUUUCAUCUUCAACCUUCUUCUCCUGAUUCUGUUGUUGAUCCUUUUUUCCAUAGAGUUCAAACCCUUCGCGACUCCACCAACCUUCUUCCUCCUUUGAUCUCUUCACUUUCACCACCCAUCACUGUUUUCAUCUCUGAUAUCUUCCUUCUUUCACCUCUCAUUUCAAUCACUCAACAACUUUCUCUACCUAACUAUACCUUGUUUACUUCUUCAGCUUCCAUGUUCUCCUUCUUUUCUCACUUCCCUACUCUUGCUCAAUCAAUAUCUGAUGCUUCUGCUGAGAUUUCUGAGAUACCAGUUCCAGGUAUUGCAUUUUCACCUUUACCAUAUUCAUCUAUCCCACCGAUUCUUUUCAAGCCUACCAUAUUCAGAAAUCUUAUGAUGGAAGAUAGUCCUAACCUAACAAAACUACAAGGUGUUUUUCUCAACACCUUUAAAGCACUUGAAUCUCAUUCACUACAAGCUCUUAAUAAUGGAGAAGUUGUUAAAGGAAUGCCUCCUGUUUAUGCUGUUGGUCCUUUUGUUCCUCUUGAGUUUGAGAAAGAAAGUCAAAAGGAAACAUCAUCAGAAUCACCACCAUUGACCAAGUGGCUUGAUGAACAACCUAUUGGAUCUGUGGUUUAUGUUUGCUUUGGAAGCAGAACUGCAUUAGGAAGGGACCAAAUGAGAGAGAUUGGUGAUGGGUUGAUGAGAAGUGGAUACAAUUUUUUGUGGGUUGUUAAGGAUAAGAUUGUUGACAAAGAAGAUAAAGAAGUUGGGUUAGAUGAGGUUUUAGGAGUUGAGUUGGUAGAGAGAAUGAAGAAAAAAGGUUUGGUAGUUAAGGAAUGGGUGGAUCAAAGUGAGAUUUUGAGUCACAAAAGUAUAGGAGGAUUUGUGAGUCAUUGUGGAUGGAACUCAAUUAUGGAGGCAGCUUUGAAUGGUGUGCCAAUAUUGGCUUGGCCACAACAUGGUGAUCAAAGGAUAAAUGCAGGGUUGGUUGAGAUUAGUGGAUGGGGGAUUUGGAACAAGAAUUGGGGUUGGGGUGGUGAACGUGUUGUGAAAGGAGAAGAAAUUGGAGAUGCUAUAAAAGAGAUGAUGAAGAAUGAAUUGUUUAAAGUUAAAGCAAUAGAGCUUAAAGAUGGGGGAUUGAGGGCUAUUAGCAUUGGUGGGGAUUGUGAGGUUACUAUUCAGAAGCUUAUUCGAAAGUGGAAAAACAAUGUCAACAAUUAAUGUUUGAGGUUGUUCUCUUUUAGUAUCUAGGAUUCUAGGAAAUAUGUAUGUUUCUUAUGGAAUUAUUGGCUUAAUAAUCGAAAUAAUAAUGAUGUUGUCUA